CUGUAAAUAAAAUUUUUCGGCGGAGUGACUUGAAUAGCGGUGACGAGCGAAAACGCAGAAUUGCGAGGUGUUUGCGUGAGUUGUCGUACGUGUCUGACGGAGCGAAAUCACUUGGUGUUGAAAAUAGAAAAGGUAACACGAUAGUGUUGAAGCAGAGCAAUCUCGAUCGCUGCAUAAUACUCCAUCCUCCGUAAUCAUCGGUGUGCAUCAAGAUGGACGUGCCUAUGUUUACUGAGAAAGUUGCGCAACAGCUGAAAACAUUUGCUCGACAGUGCAUGGAUAAUCCAUCUCUUUUACACGACCCAAAACUAUCCUUCAUCAAAGAGUUAAUAGAGCACUAUGGUGGCAAAAUACCCGAAAGCGACAAAAGCGAUGACCCGACGGUUAACAAAUGUGGGGCUGAGAGUAAAUUUGAAGAGCCUCAGCCUGAAGUUGAACCUGAACCUGAACCUGAACCUGAACCUGAACCUGAACCUGAACCUGAACCUGAGAGCGAAGAGAGCGAUCUGGAAUUGGACAUGACUGGCGUAAUUGAACCAGAUCAAGACCCUCCUCAAAAAAUGGGUAAUCUGACUUUGCAACCUACGGAAGAGGAAAUUGCAGAAUCACAGGCCAAGAGAUCCGAGGCAGUGUCCGCAUUUAUGGAAAAAGAUUAUGAAAAGGCCGUACAACUUUAUACAGAAGCAAUUGUAUUGAAUCCACAGGCAGCAUUGCUGUAUGCUAAACGCGGACAAAUUUUUCUCCUUUUAAACAAGCCAAACGCCUGCAUUCGCGAUUGCGAACGCGCCAUCGAGUUAAACCCGGAUAGUGCAGCGGCUCACAAAUUUAGAGGAAGGGCUUAUCAUUUGCUUGGAAAGUUUGAGGAAGCGGCAACCGAUCUCAGAUUAGCUUGUAAGUUUGAUUUUGACGAACAGGCCGACGAGUGGCUGCGCGAGACAACACCAAACGCCCGGAAGAUAGAGGAACACAAAAGAAAGAAAGAAAGAAGGAUGCAAGAGAAAUUGGAACGUGAUAGGCAGGAAAAAUUGCGAAAGGCCCGAGAGGCUGCUAAGGCGCGCGAGGAAAAUACGCGAACCUCUCAAACGGAUGCGGGAGGCGCGUCCCCUGGUAUGGGAGAUUUUUAUCAGUUUCUCAACGAUCCUGAGGUCCUUCAAGCCUUCCAGGACCCGGAAGUGGCGGAAGCUUUCAAAGAGAUCUCCGCGAAUCCGACCAACAUCCUCAAAUAUCAGAGUAAUCCCAAGAUAAUGGCCCUUAUUAACAAGAUGGCUUCGAAAUUCGGCGGUGCCGGCGGUAUGCCUGGCGGUAUGCCUGGCGGUUUUCCCGGAAUGAUGGGCGGUAUGCCCGGUUUUCCUGGUGCCGGGGCAGGACGGCCGAACCCUCCGAAACCGACUCCUCCUCAGGACGAUGUCGGUCUCGACUAAUCGCGAUACAAUCGUUCCAUUCGUCUCGGGAGAACCUCUUCUGGUUCUUUUGGCAACCUUUUGUGCGGAGUAUGUACAUCUUAAUUGUUUGAUUUUUUAAAGGUCGAGUUGUUUUCUCCUCCUCCUGCUCCUCCCCCUCUCUCUCUCUCCCUCUCUUUCUCUCUCUCUCUCUCUCUCUCUCCC